AUGAAGUCAUUUGGCUGAUAGUGAUUUCUUUUUUUUUUGCCCGGGGAUUCGUGAAGACCGGGCUGGGAGAUAGAAUUGCCACUUACUUUGUGAAGUGGUUGGGGAAGAGCACCUUAGGGUUGUCUUAUGGGUUGACUCUUAGUGAGGCAUUGAUUGCUCCAGCAAUGCCUAGCACCACUGCCCGUGCCGGGGGUAUUUUCUUGCCUAUUAUCAAAUCACUUUCACUAUCAUCAGGGAGUGAGCCUGGGAAUCCUUCCUCUAAGAAGUUGGGGUCUUACUUGGUCCAGUCUCAAUUGCAGUCUUCUGCACACUCCAGUGCCCUUUUCCUGACAGCUGCUGCUCAAAAUUUACUGUGCCUCAAACUAGCUGAGGGGCUUGGUGUGGUGAUAUCAAACCCAUGGAUUACUUGGUUCAAGGCUGCUAGUUUACCUGCAAUUGUUUCUCUCCUGGCUACCCCAUUCAUUUUGUACAAGUUAUAUCCUCCCGAGAUCAAAGAUACACCAGAUGCCCCUUCACUGGCAGCGAAAAAAUUGGAUCUUAUGGGUCCUGUUACUGGAAACGAGUGGGCCAUGAUUGGAACAAUGCUUCUUGCUGUCUCUUUGUGGGUUUUUGGGGAUGCAGUAGGAGUAUCAAGUGUUGCUGCUGCAAUGCUUGGCCUAUCAAUUCUCUUGUUGUCAGGAGUGCUUAAUUGGGAUGACUGCUUAGCUGAAACGUCUGCUUGGGACACUCUGUCCUGGUUUGCAGUUCUAGUUGGGAUGGCAGGCCAGCUGACUAACCUGGGGAUAAUUAGUUGGAUGUCAAACUGUGUGGCAAAGGCUCUUCAAUCUUUAUCGCUGAGCUGGCCGGCUGCAUUUGCCAUACUACAAGCCUCUUACUUCUGUAUCCACUACAUGUUUGCUAGCCAAACGGGCCAUGUGGGUGCCUUAUACUCGGCUUUCUUUGCCAUGAACUUAGCCUCAGGAGUGCCUGGCAUCUUAGCAGCGUUGGGUUUGGCUUAUAAUACAAACCUAUUCGGUGCUUUGACACAUUAUAGCAGUGGUCAAGCUGCUGUUUACUUUGGAGCUGGGUAUGUAGAUCUUCCAGAUUUGUUCAAAUUUGGAUUCAUAAUGGCUAUUGUCAGUGCCAUUAUUUGGGGAGUUGUGGGCACUUUCUGGUGGAAGUUCUUGGGCCUAUACUGAGAUGGAAUUCAUACAUACUGUCUCUGAGCUUUUCACUUGCAUGGAAGAGGGCAUAUUGCAAUUUGCCAUUUGCUCGCCUAAAUUUAGUGCUGGGGGUCCAGUUAUUGGACAAGAUCUGAGGAUGGGAUCUUUGUACAAAUAAUAAUAAUUUAGCAUAUUCAUUCUCUUUAUUUAUGUUCAAUUAUUUUCAUUCAUGCAAUAAUGCAAUGCACAUUUACCAGCCUACCCCCAUUCCAAUAUCAUAUUGCUGCUGUGCCAUGCGUGUUUUCCCAG